UGUUUUCUGCUGUGAUCGCUGUCACUUUAUUUUUAUUCAAUAGUUUCGGUAACAUAUUAUUUUUAAGUUUAUUAUCAUUAUGACUCGGAACGUGUGUCAAAUAUGUGUGGAAAAUUAUACUUUACGAGUUAUGAAGUGACUUGAAUAUUACAUAUAUCAAGAGUAACUUUGUUUUGAAAUGUGUUGUUCUUAAAACAUGAUGAUGGAGCGCAAAAUUAAAUUGAAGACUCUAAAUAAUCACAUUACAUGUAAAAUUUGCCGGGGAUAUUUUAUAGAUGCAACAACUGUAACGGAGUGUCUUCAUACAUUUUGUAAAAGUUGUUUAGUAAAGCAUCUAGAGGAAAAUAACUCGUGUCCAACAUGUACUAUUGUGAUACAUCAAUCGCACCCCCUGCAAUACAUAAGUUUUGAUAGAACUAUGCAAGAUAUAGUUUUCAAAUUGGUCCCUGAUCUCCAGGAAAAUGAGAAUAAACGUGAGCGUGAUUUUUAUCGGCUGAGGGGUCUACCUUUUCCUAAAGACUUACCUCCUGUACCAGGGGAACCCGAUGAACAACUGUCAACUACAGAUGUUCAUAUAGAAACCGAUUAUCAUAGGCAAGACGAACAAGUUAAUGUUUGUUUAGAAUGUAUGAGCACUAAUUUUAAAACCUUAAAACGUAGAUUUAUUAGAUGCUCAGCUCAAGCAACAAUCACCCACCUGAAAAAGUUUGUUGCUAAAAAAAUUUUAAAUGGCAUGGACAAAUAUAGAGAUGUUGAUAUUUUGUGCAAUAAUGAAUUGUUAGGAAAAGAUCAUACAUUAAAAUUUGUUUAUGUUACACGAUGGAGGUUUCGGGAUCCACCACUUCGACUGCAAUAUCGACCAAGGAUUGAUAUCUAGGUUAAUUUUAUACAUAACAAAUGCUAUAUAUAGUUACGUUAGAAUAAUUUUAAAUUAUAACCUCGAAAAACUUAUGGAUCGUAUGAGCUAAUUGACUACAGCAGUGAUUCCAAACGUGAGGUGCAUAUUGGGAAUCACUUUAGGGCUUUUUUUCUGGCUUGGUCUGAAUUUUUGAAAAGUAUAGCUUGAACAUGAAUUUUUCCUAUUAUUUAAUAAUAAAAUUACAAUUACCCAACAAAUAACUGAAAAUGAUAUAGGGUAGUGUGGCGGGGCUUAAAGGUCCGCAGGCAAAAAGGACCACCAUCAUUAUCUCAAAAACAAGUAAAGUAUGGAAUUUUUUGACAAUAUUAUUUUAAACUAGAGGGCAAAGGAUUUGUAACCAACCAAUAACCAAUCCCCUUAAAUCGGCUGACGUCGCUAUUAUGAGAUAAAAGAACACACUGUCAAUUAUUUCAACGAAAGUCAAAGUAGUUUAGUAGGUAUGGUAAAUACCUGAAUAUAAUUAAGUAGACACUAUUCAAUUGUUUUAUAACAUGUGUUUUUUUUUAAGUUAUAUUCCUCUUUUUCAUUUAUAUAACCUCUAAAAUACCUUUCAUGUGGUUAGGGUAAA